CGGCAUUCCAUUCAAUGUUCUACCUUCAACGUACAAAGUAUUCACGUCAAAUCUGAUCACCCGCUGUGCUCCCACCAAUUAGGUGGUUCUCUGUUAUUGUUCUAGGUAACCACGGCUAAAUAAACCUGUCAAUUAUACGGUCUGCGACAACUUUGAAUGUUGAUGGGACCUGAUGCGGCAAACCUCCCAGCGCUGUAACCGUACUGAUUCCUAGACUAAUUCGGUUUCCUGUGUAUCGACUUCGAUUUCGAUUGGCGCGGCAACGGUGAUAGUUAUAAAAAGAUAUUUCCCGAGUCGCAGCAAUAUAGCGUUCGUCUCCGAGGUUACGGAUACCUAUUUGUUCCUAUCUACAAGUUUCAAGGAAUCCAGGCUCGUGUACUUUCCUGAACUCCUGACCAUGGUUUGAGAAAUAUCGACUGAAUAAACCUACUCCCGAGAAACGAGAAGACUACUGGUACUGUGAGAUACGGAUUAAGGGGCAGGAUUGGUCGUGCGAGGAGUUCCACAUGUGAUUUCACAAAUACUAGACGCGUCUAGCAGCGGUUACCUUUCUUUAAGGGAAUCCAAGAGUUUACUGGUCGGUCUUGUAGGUGACAAUGGCUGAGGAUGCUAAAUUAUCGAAGUGGCUGGGUAGCUAUUAUACCGUAACCCUUAAAGAACCAUUCGGCCAACGUCUCCAGGGAAUCCUAACUGGUCUUGUUCCUCAGCAACAUCUUACACUAGACCAAGCCGUGGGAGUAGGCACAAAUCAAUUCUUCGGACAUGUGGUCAUCAGCGCGAGCAAUGUUAACGAUAUUUCCCUAACCUCAAAUCCUAACCUCACUACUACUGAAACUACGCCUACUUCAAGAACGGCGCCCCCUUCGGCCUUCCAAGAUCCUGCAAUCUUGAGCUUGACUCCCAAAACAGGCACAGCUCCUCCCCGCGACACACGUUAUCAUGCUCAGCCAAAUAUCGCAGAGAAGCGAGAUCCUCCAGUCAUCCCCAAUCCUGCCGAUCGCUUGACAUACUCUUCCCCGGAUGAGGUGACCGAUGCAGCCACCACUACUACACUCAACUCCUCUACAGCGAGACUGCGCAUUUCCCCAACUCCUCAUUCUAGGCGAAACACCAUAACAGAACACAGGGCCCAAGUAGCUCCCACUAUACCUGACGAACCAUCCGACUCCCGGAAAGACAAUCGUAAAAGCACACGAGGUCGGGGUCGACGCAGGAAUAGGGUGGCUGAUAGCAAUGGUUCCCCAGCACAGCAAACUAAUCGAGGCCCGGGUUGGAGAGAGACGCCUAUCCUUGAAUCUACUAGGUCAUUUCAGCCAUUCGCAGCGCUAAAGAAGAGCCAGAAAAGUAGAGUAGAGGGGAAUAUCGAAAAUGGCUGGGCUUCGGAGGACGUUACGGACGUGCAAGAAGCGGGAGACUUUGACUUUGAAGGAGGCCUUGCUAAAUUUGACAAGAGAAAAAUAUUCGACGAGAUGAAAGAGCAGGAUCAAAUCGAUGAGGCUGAACGUCUGGUAUCCCACAACCGUCUCCCUCGGCCGAAGCCUGGAACGGCGGGCGGGAAGAAUCUUCAUUAUAGCGAGAAUGUAUUGGAUCUUCCCUCGUCAGCAUCCAAACCAAAAGACGCCCCUGGCGACUACUGGAAGAGUGAAGCUGAUGACGACCUUGCCAACGGAGGCGAUCGUGGUAGCGUAAUAGAGGGUAGCGGACGUAAUUCUCGGCUACGGGGAGAUUCUCGAUUGUCCAUGACCCGGCGUUCACAGUCUCGCAAGGCCAGCACCACAGCAAGUGUUGCUGGCUCGAGUCGAGUCAACUCAGGGGGUACCUCAACGCCUAGCGGAUUCUAUACUGUUAGUUCUAAUCGCCGGAUCGAAGCCAUCGCCCACCUCCCAAUGCAGACACUUGAGAAUGUGGCGCGUCACGAAUUUGGGUUUAGUGAAGACCUUUUGGCCGAAAAUGCAGGCCGUGGCAUCACAGAAGUCGUAAUGCGUGUCCUUGACGAUCCUGCUAUUAGACUUCGUGCUGCCGCAGCGUCGCCGCCAAGUACAACCACUAUAGUUGUCCUCGCUGGUAACAAUAAGUCGGGAAUCCGUGCCUUAGCAGCUGCCCGCCACCUUCGAAACCAUGGGAUUAACGUCCUGGUGUGUGUGGUCGGCAUCGAGCGGGAGCGGGAGCUGUUGGAAGAUAUUAGGAAACAAGCUCGUCUCCUUCGCAACUUUGGAGGCAUCAUCUUCACCAAAUCGGAGCUUUUCGAGCAUGUCAGCCAAGCUAGUAACACCUUAGAGACAGCUUCGCAAGGCUUCGUUACUCUAAUCAUCGAUGCGCUCCUAGGACUUACAACACCAUUUGAAGAGCUACGAAAGUCUGACCAGGCCACUACGUACGAACUUAUGGAAUGGUCAAACAGAAACGAAGCUUUUGUUAUGGCAAUCGAUCUGCCAAGUGGCAUCGAACCUCAAACCGGCCGUGUCAACGUCAUCGACGGAGCUAAGCUCUACGUCCACCCCCGCUAUAUAGUUGCCCUCGGCGCACCGAAAGUUGGUCUGUUGAAGGCGCUGGAGUCGGGCGAUGACCGAGACAUCGGCAUGGUAGGGGAGUGGAAGCUAUACCUGGCUGAUAUCGGACUCGGUCCGGUCAUAUGGCGUAAGGUGGCGACUAAGAUCCGUCGCGGUAUCGAUUUUGACGAUAAAUGGGUGUUAGAGCUACGAUACCAACCUGAAGGAGGGGACAACUAGAUUACUUGUUUCUAUAUCCAACUCGGCACGGAGGCCGGGUUGCAUACGAUGUGCUUGGUUAUUGCGGAAUGAACAUAUAUUUGCCUUUACUCUUAACGGGGUUCUUUCUAGCCUUUAAGGCUACAGCGUAAGGCAAUGGUAAAUUUACAGUCUACGACGAUCAUGAUGGGAAAUGAGGUUGAGGUCGAGGUUAGAGGGCGGCAUAGGAACAGCAUGCUAGUACGUCCGAGUACACUCAAUGCCUGUGCAUUUUCGACGGCGUUAGUCCGAUCUACAUGCCUCUACGUAUAGGAACACCCUACGAGGUGAUGACGAGGUAUACAGGAAAGGUCGUCCAUUACUACGCGUCUCAUUAUCAGCCUAGCCCUGGGAUAGGGCCAGCGAAGUUACAGCGCCGAUGUUGGUCGGGUGAGAUGGCAACGAAUAAAUAAUUUAUUUGUAAUCGCAGUAUUAGGUAUGCCUCCG